CCUAGUGUGGAGAAGUAAUGCGGUUAUUAUGUCAACAUGUCACUUUUGAGACUGUGUGCCUUUUCAAAAUGUCUAAAUGGUUUGAUCCUGUUGGAAAGAAGUGUUAAUCGUUUGUCAAAGGCUCGCCAUUGUCAUCAUUCUUUUACUUUCCGGAAUAAUUCUGAAAUGCGAAUAUCAGAACCACCAUGGAAAUCACAACAAAGACAUUUCUCAGCUGCGUUCCCGAAGAAAGAAGAUGGGAAAAAACGGUUAUGUGAACAGUCUCAGCUGCUGGAUGUGCUUGAAGCCAGGAUCCAGCAACUUCAAUCUGAUGUUGUUUUAGAUGUCCAACAUUCAAAGGUUCAAUUUGUCAAAGCUCAUAAAUCAGAGAGAGGGGCUUCCUCAGGAAGGAAUCCCAAAAUAAAUUCUGGGGAGAGGACUGAGGUACCCACCUCAGGAAAGAUUGUUGGUAAGGUAGCGGGACAGACUGGUAAGGGCAAAGAUGACUCCCCCUCCAAAUCCCGCUGGUUGAAGAAACUCAAUGAGGAGAAGACCAAAACAAAGAAGCUAAAGAAGAAGCUGGGCUUUGAAGAUAUUCCUGUGAAAAGCAAGAAAGGCCAACAGAUGCUCCCAGGUACCUCACAUAAAAUUAUAUCCACUAAAGCGGUAAAAAAGAUGGCAUCAAGUUCUAAAAAAAGCAUGACUCUAAAAAACCAAGUGAAUACUGUGGCAGCUGCAAACCAAGAACACACCGUUGCAGCUAAAUCCAGUUCUGCCUCUAAGGUGCCAGUUAGAAAUGCCAAACGGAACAGGGAAACCCUGAAGGCGCUGUAUCCUGAGCUGUCGGAGGAGGAGGCCAGGACCCAGGAGCUAGCCAGGUUAGAGCGGAAGGCAGAGGCAGACGCCCUUGAACUGGCUAAGGUUGAAGAAUUAGAGAGGAAGCUGAAACAGUGGGCUGUCUCAGUCAGUCCGGAGCACGUGAAGGAUAACGGCGAGGCCAGGGCGUAUGAGGACGUCCAGCGAAGGGUGCACUGCUACCUGGAGGCCUGUGUGUUCAGUGGGGAUAUUGACCGAGCUGGCCACUUCCUGCUCAGCCACCACCGAAGGGUUAGCCGACGCAAGCUGCUCAACAUAGAAUCCUACAACAUCAUGAUGAGGGUCUGGGCAAAGAUGGGAUCAUUGAAGCAGAUUGGGCGAAUGUUCAUUCUAGUUGAAGAGGCUGGUCUCAAACCCAAUCUCAGCUCCUAUUGUGCAGCUCUGGAGUGUAUGGGCCGAACCCCUAACUGUCCCCCACGUUUCAUCAACAGAGUCCUGCAGCAGAUUCAGUGGGAUGGACUGUCUGUGGAUGAGCUGUUCCGUCACUGUGUCUUCAGACAGGAUGAGAGGGACAUGGUGCUUAAGGCCAUCCACACUUUGAAACCAGACUUCCAGCCCAGCAUCAAACCUAUCUUACACACCUGCUCCUCACCACUGGUCAAGGACAUCUACACUGAGAGAACAGAUUCUAAGUACCCCAAGCUGGCCUUCAGCCUGGAUGAGCUGCAGAAGAGGUUCAACAAUCAACUUUGUCUGGAGCAGGCCAGCACCAUCACUAUCAACUCUGUGGAGGCCCUGAAGCCUGUCACCCCACACAUGGUCAAAAUGAGGGAUCUGCUAGCGGAGCAGCGGAAAGUGUGGCACAAAACCCUGGUCAAGGCACUGCGGGAGAGCAAAGCCAUCAUGGCUAGCAGCACCCAGAAGGUGGUCAGGUUCAGCCUCUACCCCUACCUGUGCCUGAUGGACGAGAAGGAGUACGCAGACAUCAUGAUCCAGAGUCUGGCCAACCUGCCUCCCAGUGGAGAGUCGCUCCACAUCCUGGCCAAGCAGUUGGGUGUUCGGGUCCACAACAAGUUCUGCAUCCUGAUGAAGGAACAAAACCAGAUGGUGGACAAGCUGAACAAUAUCUACAAUGAAUAUGUUGAGCUACUGUCCAAAGACAAUAAGGUGUUGAACGUACUGCCUAGGGAGCAGUGGCAGACGCUGGAGGCGAAGCAUAUGUCAGGCCCCUCCCUGCUGGGAGACGAGUGCCACUGGCCCCACGCGGUGGUGUUGGAGCUGGGGACCUACCUGGUGGACCUCAUGGUUAAGCACAUGAAGGUGAACAGCGACAUCCUCAACUCUGCCUACAACCGGAAGAUCAUCCCUGUGCUCUACCAUAUGUACACCUUCCGCAGUAACAGACAGGUGGGCUUUAUCAAGCCACAUCCCAUCCUGACACAGAUCCAGCAGGACGCCAUGGAGACCACAUUGACCUUUGACUCCUACGUAAUGCCAAUGCUGUGCCCUCCUGUCCCCUGGGCCUCAGCCAAGUUCGGCGCUUACCUUCUCACGCCCACCAAGUUGAUGCGUGCCGUGCUUGGCGCCAACCAGCACGAGAUCCAGCUGGAGAAAUGUCAGGAGGAGGAGCUCCAUCCGGUGCUGGACUCCCUCACCCAGCUGGGCAACACCGCCUGGAGGAUCAACCAGCCCCUGCUGGACGUCAUCAUAUCCAUCUUCAACGGUAAGGGCAGCGAGAAGCUUGACGUCCCGCCUCCCCUCUCGGAGGCCCCCAGGAUCCCUCGCUACAACCAGCAGGAAUUGGCCACCUACACCUCGGCUGAGAAGGCCCAGCUAAAGAGAGAGGUUAUCAACGCCAAGAAGAAGUGCGGGGAGAUGCACAGCCUCAGGAUGGACGCCCUCUACAAGCUGUCCAUCGCCAACCACAUGAGAGACGAGGUCUUCUGGUUCCCACACAACAUGGACUUUCGAGGGCGCACAUAUCCGUGCCCGCCCUACUUCAACCACCUGGGCAGUGACGUGACCAGGGCCGUCCUGGUGUUUGCAGAGGGGAAAGCCCUGGGACCUGGUGGCCUGGAUUGGCUGAAGAUCCACCUGGUCAACCUUACAGGGCUGAAGAAACGCAGCUCGCUGGCCGGCAGGCUGGAGUACGCCAACACCAUCAUGGAUGACAUUAUGGACUCCGCAGACAACCCCCUCAACGGUAAGAAGUGGUGGCAGAAUGCAGAUGAACCGUGGCAAGCCCUGGCCUGCUGCAUGGAAAUCACAAACGCUAUCAGAUCACCUGACCCCACACAGUUCAUAUCCCACUUCCCUGUACAUCAGGAUGGUUCGUGUAAUGGACUCCAGCACUAUGCAGCUCUGGGUCGGGACGUGAUCGGUGCCACCUCUGUGAACCUCAUGCCGUGCGAUGUGCCCCAGGAUGUAUACAGCGUCGUGGCACAGCAGGUGGAGGGCUUUCGUGUGCGGGAUGCAGAGAAGGCUCUGAAGGUGGCCCAGGUGCUUGAGGGCUUCAUCAACAGGAAGGUGGUGAAGCAGACUGUGAUGACGGUGGUGUACGGCGUGACGCGUUACGGAGGACGCCUCCAGAUAGAGAAGAGGCUCAAGGAGAUCGAUAACUUUCCUAAGGAGUACGUAUGGGACGCCUCUCACUACCUGGUCCAGCAGGUGUUCACCAGUCUGAAGGAGAUGUUCACAGGCACCAGAGAGAUCCAGGACUGGCUGACGGAGAGUGCCAGACUCAUCUCUAAGUCUGGCCACACAGUUGAGUGGGUGACACCCCUGGGGCUGCCCGUCAUCCAGCCCUACCACCGCCCCCGGACACAGUUGCUGAAGAACCAAAUACAGGACCUGAGUCUUCAGAUCUCCCACGAUUCUAAACAGAGGCCAGACACUGUAAAACAGAAGAAUGCCUUCCCUCCGAACUUCAUCCACUCUCUGGACUCCACCCAUAUGAUGCUGACUGCUCUCUACUGCUACAGCGCCGGUCUCACAUUCGUCUCUGUCCACGACUGCUUCUGGACCCACGCCAUUACAGUCGACACUAUGAACAAGGUUUGCCGGGAGCAGUUUGUGGCACUGCACAGCCAACCUAUCCUUCAAGAGCUGUCCAACUUCCUACUGCAGAAAUACUGCUCUGUACCACCGAACGAGGUCAACAACAAGAAGAUUCAGGAGUACCGGAGGAUGUUGUUGUUGCUGGCCAAAGUGCCCCAAACGGGCGACUUUGAUCUCCAGCAGGUGAAGGAAUCGACGUACUUCUUCAGCUGAGAGGAACAAACAGGUAGUCAGACUGUCAGGAAGACAACACCAGUGGAGGCAGAUGAGUGGGAUGGACGGGCUGUGAGGCUGAACACGCGCAAGGCUGCAUGGGGCCUGACAGGGCUCGUCUCCCACAGACAUCCGCUGAUUGAUUCACUGCCCGCCGGGCUAAGCCAAGGCCUUCUGAAGCUUCAACCCCCAUAUUGAUCCAGACAGCCCCAGACCAGAGUGGGAGGAGAGGCCAGUUCUGAGAGUAGAGUGUGGCACGCCCACUUUGGACUGGAGGGGAUCUGAACCGAGCUCAGUUAUGUUUAAUCCUGUGUUACUGUAGAGUGUGUGUGUGUGUGUGUGUGUGUGUGUGUGUGUGUGUGUGCGCGCGUGCUCAUUCGCGAAUUGCAUUCCUUGACAGAGAAUGUAGAGUUGUGUGUUAUACUGUUAUCACGUGUUUUUCGCAAGACUGUUUGUGUUCUCCCCUUAUCAGCAACACCUCUUCUACUUAGAGAGCCAGAGAUGCUCAGAGAAUUUCCAAGACUGAUUGAGUGGUAAUCAGCGGGGUAGCCCAGUGUGAUCAUUAUGUGCCCUCCCUCCACCCAUGCCCUAGUGGAGACAGGCCCCCCUACCUCCACCCCUGCCCUAGUGGAGACAGGCCUCCCUCCCUCUACCCCUGCCCUAGUGGAGACAGGCCCCCCUACCUCCACCCCUGCCCUAGUGGAGACAGGCCUCCCUCCCUCUACCCCUGCCCUAGUGGAGACAGGCCCCCCUACCUCCACCCCUGCCCUAGUGGAGACAGGCCCCCCUACCUCCACCCCUGCCCUAGUGGAGACAGGCCCCCCUACCUCCACCCCUGCCCUAGUGGAGACAGGCCCCCCUCCUGCCCAGAGCACUGAUCUGCGCUCUCCAUCCCUCUGCUUUACACUUGGAUGAUUAAGCACAUUAACCUGCCUUUCAUUGAUUCAGAGGCAUCCAGGAAGACCUGCCCAAUGUGAGAUUCAGAACCCAACCUCAUUUACCUCACAAGUCACCAGUGGACCCCUACUUCCAGAGACAGUGGAAAGAAUGAUGAUCAUGGGUGAAUGGAUGGGAGGAACAGUAUGUUACACUUCCUUUUGAAGUGAUUAAGCACUAUUUUCAUUUGAUAAUAAAUAUGUAUUUCUUAAAGGACCUUUGUUCAUUUGAUGAUGAGGUUUUAUGAAAUAUGUGCUUUAUUGAAUUAUAUAUGCAUCUUUAAAUUGUAUAUGAUAAGAUGAAGGUCUCCUUAUAUGGGCAUCACAAAGGGUUUGAACAAUCACUAAUCAACACAGAUUAUAUUUUUCUGGGCUAGUGCCCAGAUCUGAAGCUAACAAUAUUAAGAAUGGUAUCUGAUCUUAACUGUAAAAGCUACUGAGGUUUCAGACAAAAGAUGCUGAGUUGAUUUCUGUGAAAGGGAAUAUGAAUCAUCCUGCCUAUCAACUGUGUAAGUGGUAAUUAGCAUGAAUUAAAUUUUUUCACUUA